AUGGCACCAAUUUCAAGAAUCGACAAUGAAAUGACAUUCCAAAUCGCUGCACAAAAUCUACCCCCAGAACUAUUCCUCAUCGUACUACAGCAAUGGCUCGGUCAACAACGCAUCGGAAUUGACGGCUCCGCCCAUCCUCAUUACACACUGUCCUACACGAAUCCUGAAAACAUCGAUCCCUUCGCCACCAUCUCCAAGACCAGCAAUGCCCCAUCAUUCAUCUUCCAAGAAUACUUCCGGUCUCGGAUCCGCUCCUGGCUGACCGACGCCAAAGAGUUCUCCGACCCAACAACAUUCUACAUGAGCCAUCUCCUGAUGAGUUUGAAGAUGAAAGACCGCAUAGGCUGGUACUAUCUACCCAACCAGUCAUGGGAUGCCAUUUGCCAGGACCCGAAACUCUCCUUGUCGACAAAGUUUCCGGUAAUAAACGAUCACGGUGCGCAAUACGCUCGUAUGAAGCAUCUCUCAUCGCUCCACGGACUAGAGAAGAUCAAACUCGACUUCACGGCUGAACAAUACUUCGCCAUGUUCGACGUCGCGGUACCACCCUUCCACUACCGCGACGGUGCAGUUGCCGGCGAUAACUUAUACCGCGACGAAUUCUGCCAUGGCGCCGGCCAUUUUCUCUUGCACACGCAGGAACUUGAGAUCCAUUUCGGCGACGCAUACAAGCAGGCAAACCCCUGGUACGACGUCCAAGAAGCUGCUUGGUGCGAGACAAAUCCCUCUUGGAACUACGCUGAAGCAAGACUACGCCCGCACGUCUGCGAUAGUGGCUUGGUUAUCGACUGGAUCCUCGAGUAUGCUUGGUACAACGGGCAUCUUCAACAUAUUAAGAAGAUUACCCUGACUGGUGAUAUCCAGACGUGGGUGAGGGAGAAGUGGUAUGACAUCUUCAAGCGGCAUGCUAUGUACCUCGAGGAGUAUCCUGGACUGUACUACCGUAUUUUCGCUGUGUAUGAGCCUGAUCCUAUUGAUUUGGAAACUAUUGGUAUAGACGAGGAGGGCGAUGACGAGCAAGAUGAGGCAGAAACAUACAACCCUUUUGAAUUGAUCAGAAACAUGCGCUCUACACUCGUCACCACAGUGCUCGUCGGAGCAGGCGUAGUAUCAGCAAAAGGCCUCUUGGACCUCCCCACCGACAUAGCGAAUCUACUCACUUCGCUCGCCCCAGCACCCGCAAGCGACCCCCGAUGGACAAACUGGCAUCCCGCUUCCAGCGGUGAUGUACGCUCCCCCUGCCCCGGUCUGAACGCCCUAGCAAACCACGACUUCAUCCACCGCAACGGGCGCAACAUGACCAUCCCACACCUAAUCGCCGGCCUCGCCGCCGGCCUAAACAUGGGCGCAGACUUCACCACCGCCAUAGGAGCCGCGGGUCUACUCUCCUCUCCAAACCCGCUAGGCGGCUCCUUCGACCUCGACGACCUGUCUAUGCACAACUUCCCCAUCGAGCACGACGCCAGCAUGUCGCGCCAGGAUGCCUACUUCGCUAACCCGCAGCCCUUCCACAACCCCACGUGGCAGCAAUACAUAUCCCUCUUCAAUGGGAAGGAGCGUACGGAUAUCCCGACGGCGAGUAAGGCGAAGUACGCGCGCACGACGGAUAGUCAAAAGAGGAAUCCGGAGUUUGUGUAUGGAGCGAGAGAGGCGGUGUUGAGUUAUGGAGAGAAUGCUUUGUAUCUUUCCACAAUGGGAGACCCGGUUACGGGAAAAGCCAAGCUAGAGUAUGUGAGGAGUUUGUUUGAGAUGGAGAAGUUGCCGUUUGAGCUGGGGUGGAGGCCGAGUGUGCUGCCGACGACAUUGCCCAGUUUGGGGUUGAUGAUUGUGCAGUUGCAGUCGAGUUCGCCGGAGCCGUUGCUGGAGGGGGUUAAGAUUGUGGCGGAUUCGUACAAAGAUGUAUUCUUUGCUAUUGUUGGUGGGUCGAAUAUCUUGGGUAACCUCACUGGAGGUAUUAGUGAGGCGUUGGGAUUGUAG